CACCUCAAGUGCGCCCGGGUGCGUGGAGCAGACGGUGCCGCGGAGCUCUGAUACAGAAACAGCAGACAAAAGCGAAGAGAAUGGGACUACAGCCUGUGAAUCUGGACCAAGCCUAAGUUGGAUCAACAAAGCAAGAGGUCCUAAGCGUAAACCUUUAUAAAGUAAGAAAAGCACGUUGUUUGGUUCACAAUGGGCUGCUGUAGCGGACGAUGCACUCUCAUCUUCAUCUGCACUUUACAACUGGUAUUGGCUUUAGAGAGGCAGGUGUUUGACUUCCUCGGAUACCAGUGGGCUCCCAUCCUCGCUAACUUUUUUCACAUCAUUAUAGUUAUCCUUGGCCUCUUUGGCACCAUCCAGUACCGGCCACGCUACAUUGUGGUGUACACAGUAUGGGCUGCUCUCUGGGUGGCCUGGAAUGUUUUCAUCAUUUGCUUUUACCUGGAUGUCGGAGGAUUGUCCAAGGACAGUGACUUGCUGACAUUCAACAUCUCAGCUCAUCAUUCGUGGUGGAGUGAGCACGGUCCGGGCUGUGUGAGGAGAGAGCUGCAGCUGACUCCAGACGACCGCACCACACCCGAGGCCCAGUCCUACAUCAGCGUCAUGGGCUGUUUUGUGGACUACCAGUAUAUCGAAGUACUACACAGCAGUAUGCAGAUACUUGUAGCACUCCUUGGCUUCGUCUAUGCCUGCUACGUUGUCAGCGCCAUGACUGAAGAGGAAGAUAGCUUUGAUUUUAUUGGUGGAUUUGACCCAUUCCCUCUGUACCAUGUCAAUGAGAAACCAUCCCAUCUCCUCUUAAAGCCCAUGUAUCCGUCUACGUAAAUGAGAAGACCAUGGAUGUGAUGCUGCAAGUUUUCCCAGACAUCUUGCUUGAGCUGUCCAUAUAAUUUUCUUGUUUCUUGAAUUCAUGAUUGUUUUGAGUAUGCUGUUGUUUUCAGCCCCAUAAGAAAACAUUACAAGGAGCUAUGCAUGACACUUGAGAGGUUUUCAUUGUAGGCUCAGAUUUGGCACAACUUUGAGUCAUUUCAUGUUUGCCAAGAGUCUGUGCCUCAAUGUUUUUUUCUGUUAUUGCUGGUUCAAAGCUUGGCUUUAGGGGCAAUUACACAGUUCAUCUUAAAUAACGUGGACUAUUUUGCUCUGCCUGUUUAUUCUAUGCUAAGAUUUUAAACAAAAAUAGUGCAGGAAGAGACAAGAGGUACCACUGGGUACCAUAGGGUCAUGUAACAAAAGAACCAAUCCUGUCAAGAAAUGUAAAUAAUGAAGCAAGAAAAGAUUAGUUGAAUGCAAAGAUUAAAAAGUCCAAACACACAGACUGGCAUAUUUUAUUUCUGGAAACCUCAAAGAGCCAGCAUUUCAGAGGCUUUGUUCAAGGCAGCUUUGUUUUCACUGACUUUGAAUCUGCCAUUCCAAAUACUCACAACUCUGACAAGAGGUUACACUGCAGCGUAUUUUUAACUUUCAAGAAAUGUUAUUGUAUCCAUUGAGCUCAUUUGAGAUUCAAAACUUCUUCUAAUGAGGGAUAUUUCACCAAUGGCAAAUUACAAAGGUCAGCAUCUUCUAACAAAAGCCGCGAAAGAAAGUACCGUGGUGGAGAUGGGGCUGCAAGAAUCUCUCAAACUAUCAAGUGUUCAAAUAUUCAUAUUGUUUAAAAAUAGCAUGUUUUACAACUCUGACUGUAUGACUAUUGUGAAAAUGUACUAACUUAAUACAAGUAAGAUCUGGGGAAAAUAAACCUAUUGCACUUUUCAGUACAUGUUUUGCCUGGGUCCAUUAACAUUUCAUUUGUUACUCUUUAUUGCCCCCUGGAGUUAAAAGUGAUAAAGUACAAAUUGUAAAGCUGCUCACGCAUAACCUUAUUUUCUUUGAAUGGGCAUAUUUUAUGUAGAAUGAAUGUUAAUAGUACUUUUUCUAUAGCACAAAUUGAUUGCAGUAUUUUAUUAGUUCUCUGAAUAUUUAACAAUUAUUACAAAGAUCAUAUUGUCGGCCUGUGACCAACCUCUCUGAGCAGUUUAUGCACUCUUGAAUGAAUUUCUGUAGCAUUUCUUAAGUAAAAAAAAAAAAAAUCACCUCAUCUUCAAGUAUCAGAGCAGUCUUCCUCUUGGUAGAGCCUUCCAGAGACUACUGGAGAUAGUAGGUUGUGAAUGUGUAACCGAACAAAA